AUGAAGCUCCUUUACUACUCCCUCGCACUCUACCUCUCGCUGACGCCUGGACCCGCCUGCGCCGCAUCGUCAAAAGAUUCCAAGAAGGAACCCGACAAGGCGUGCACGAUCACAUCGCCCUACUCCGGCAGCUUCUUCGACCUCACGUCGUUGCAACUGUUUGAUCCCAAAGAGAACCCGAAGAAAUUGAAACAUCCGCGAGAACACAGCUGGAAUGCGACAGGAUGGGACAUGGGAUACAAUUUCACGAUCAAUAUAUGCCAACCCGUGAUUGAGAAGGUGGAAGAUGUCGUGGGAAUUGAGAAGAGCAUGUGGAAGAACGUGAGCGCUUAUUAUAAGCAGGAUGGGAAAACGUAUUCGCUUGGGUAAGUGGACAGAGUGUGCCUGGGCAACAACUACCGGACCAGCUAACAGGGAUCAUGUGUGUCCACAGGCAACAGAAUGAUGAGCUCGUUAUGCGAGGGCGAAAGCUUGUGUUGAACUACACAGACGGAUCACCUUGCGACACGGCUGGCAAAAGCACGCAUUCGGUGGUUGAUCUCAAGGCGAGGGCACUCGUUGACGAGGACAAGGAUGACAAGAAAAAGGGCGACGGGAAGAAGAAGGACGAUGAUGGCGAUGAUAAGGACUCCAAGAAAAAGCCAUCCUCUGGCAGCACAAGGCGGAAAAGCACGGUCAUAUCAAUGCUCUGCGAAAAGGACCCCACAGCGCCGCAAUUUGCAAUUAGCUUUGUGGGAUCGCCGGAUGAGUGCUCGUACUUCUUCGAAGCCCGCUCACAUGCGGCCUGUGCGACGGCCAACACGAGUAGCGGUGGAUCUCUAAACCCUGGAGGAGUCUUCGGUGUUAUUGUUCUGAUCGCUGUGCUCGUGUACUUUGUUGGUGGUUGCGUGUACAACCGAGCGGUCUUGAAUCAGAGAGGAUGGCAGCAGGUGCCAAACUACCACCUGUGGGCGAGCAUAUGGGGCUUCUUCCGAGUGAGUUCGAUCAUCCGGAGGAUCAAAUUUUUGCUCAGGGCAAGCUAACCCGAGGCUAGGACCUCUUUAUCAUCCUGACAUCCUCAUGUGCUCGCUUUAUGCCAUCCAGGAGAGGCUAUAGCCGCGUCAACGGCGGUUUCGGCGGCGCCGGAAGUGGCCGAAGAGCAAGAGGAGACAGCAGCGAUGCUGAAAAUAGACUUAUCGACGAGCUGAAUGAGGAAUGGGAAGACUGA